AUGUCAAAAAUUUCUCUUGUGCUUAUCCCUUUAUUAAGAAAAUGCACAGGUAUGGCUUGCCCACUUUCCUCUUCCUGUCUUUACACUACUUUGGGUACAGGUAAUACUUGCUUUAUUUGGAUAUUUAAUCCGUUUCCGCUAUUCAAUUUAGAGAGAUCUUUAUCGAAGGCAGUUGAUAAAGAAUCAUCAUCAUACUAUUCAAACCUAUUUUCUUAUUGGAAAACAGCUUAUGAUCGAUUAUACGGGCAACCGGAAGAUUUUGUUCCUGUUACUAAAAGAAAAUCCACUAGGAAUGAAGAAAUAAUCAAAAUGCAAGUUCUGGUUGAGCAGCUGUUCAAUGCGACGGAUGACGCUGAUGCAUUGAACUGUGCAAUUCUUUUGAAAAACCAACUUUCACUCUUUCCCUCUUGUAGAGAAGCUGUUUUAAAAAUUGUUGGCAAAGAUGGACGAACACUUGUUGAUUUUUUGUCUGACAAAAUACAAAAUGCCUCUCUUCGCGAUACUGUCAUGCAUUGUCUCGAGCUUUGUGGUUAUAUUAGGCCGAUAAAAAGCCAUGGAAUUCGCGUCCUUUCGAUUGAUGGAGGUGGAACGAGAGGAGUAAUGGCUUUGGAAUGUUUAAAUGCGAUCGAAGCCAGGAUGGGUGGAAAAAAGAUGCACGAAUUAUUUGAUUUAAUUGUGGGUGUCAGUACGGGCGCCGUGAUUGCUACGUUAAUUGGUGCUAAAAAGAUGAGCAUUGCAGAGGCCUUACAAACAUACAGUGAAGUAUCUAAAAAAUUGUUUAAUUAUGGAAUUUUUGGACGUAUUUCACAUACAAAAAAGAAUUCACAAUUAUUUGAACAAAUAUUAAAAGAGGUACAUACUAAUUUAAUCUUAAUUUUUAUUAUUUUAAAGGAAAUUGGUUUCGAUUUUUCUCUUCUCGAUUCAUUUAGUGGACCAAAAUUGGCAAUAAUAUCUUGUGUAGUGAAUAAUAAACCUUUAAUGCCUUUCUUAUUUAGAAACUAUGAGCAUCCACCAACACAUAGUAGCCAUUAUCGAGGAAGUACAAAAUACAAAUUUUGGGAGGCGAUUUUGGCAUCCUCGGCAGCACCCACCUACUUCAAAGGAGACGGUGGAGUUCUUAUGAAUAAUCCAACAGCUAUAGCUUUGCAUGAGGCGCGUCAGCUUUGGCCCAGAAACCACCUGCAGUGCAUAAUUUCUGUUGGCAAUGGAAGAGUUAUGUCUAAGGUGGAUCCUGAACCAGAACCAUAUUCUUGGAGUAAGCUAUAA